CAAGCGCCUGCUUCCAGACAUUGCACCGACUAAAAUCUGCAUAGAUUGGUCUCACACGCACCAACAUGAUUCUCAACUUGACUCUUAAUUCCCUUCUCCUGAUUUUGUUGUGUCUGCCCUUGCAGUCCACAGACGCAAUUACAUAUAAAGAAACGUUGCGAAUGGGCCAAGUACUUGGAGCCUCAGAUACCUUGGUAUCUGCUAAUGGCAAUUUCGAACUGCGAUUUUUCCGUAAAGAGAAUCCAACCAGGUACUAUGCAGGGAUACGGCUCAAGAAAGUUCCUGGAGAGAAUAUUGUUUGGGUUGCGAGCAGAAAGCACCCAGCCACCGAUUCCAAAGCGGUUCUUACUGUUGAUAAUAGGGACGGAAAUCUUGUAAUUAAGGAUGACGGAGUGGAAUACCAGGUCACCGACAUUUCCGAUAUCAGCAGUACAUAUGUUAUGCUCUUGGAUUCGGGUAAUCUCUUGCUAGUGAACAACUCCAACUUGAAUGUUUUAUGGCAAAGUUUCGACCACCCCACAGAUACCCUUGUUCCUGGAAUGAAAGUAGGAUUUGACGUUGAAUCAGGAAACAAUUGGUCCUUGAUAUCAUGGGCAAGUGUAGAUGACCCAAGUCCUGGAAUUUUCUCUCUUCAAGUUGGCGGGUCCAACGACGGGCGUAGGCUAAUCAUCAAGAGAAAUUCUGACACAUAUUGGGUUGGCGAUGUGCUAACAGAUUUCUUGUUUCAACGUUCUGAUAACAUAAACAAUGCUACAGGGGAUGUGGGCUAUUUCGUUUGGCAAGGGAACUAUACUUCUCGAUUGGUUCUGGAAGUUUCUGGGGAGCUUAACCAGCAAAUAUGGUCGUCUCAUAACAAGCAGUGGGUUUCUUUGCUGUCAUCCAAGUGCAGAAUAGAUGCAUGCGGAAAUUUUGGCAUUUGUAAUCCACAAGCCCUUGAUCCUUGCGAGUGUUUUCCAGGUUUUAGGCCGCACGAUGAAGAUUCUUGGAAGAAGGGGAACACAAAAGCAGGUUGUGUGAGGAAAACAGAGUUGCUCUGCAGAGACGGGAGCAGUAAUGGACCGCCUGACGGGUUUUUUCCAUUUAGCGGAGUGUAUUUUCCUUCCGCUAGUCUGCUUCCCCUCAAAAUUCAGAACGCAUACAAAUGUCAAAGAUAUUGCUCAACCAAAUGUAAUUGCGUGGCCUAUGUUUACGAUGUCUCGGGUCGCUGCUUAAUAUGGCUUAAUCAAUUGCUGAACUUCAAAAACAUCUCGGUAGACGUUGGAGGAAAUAAUUCUAGACCAAGUUUCUAUCUCAAAGUUGCUGGUUCUGAGUUGAUUAGCAAUGUGUCGAAUGCAGGGAAUAAUCGAGAUCAUAAGCCUAAUCAAAGCCGGAAGAAGUUACUAACAGUUGUAAUAGUUAUCUUAUUUGUUGCACUGCUUAUAGCAGCUCUAUUUGCUUACUACUGCCGGAGGAGAAAGCUUAGGGGAGAAGGGGAGGAUCUGCUACUGUUUGAUCCAGGUAUGAGCAUGAAAGUUGAGAUGUCAGAGCUUACUGAUGUCGAUAAGGCUGGAAGAGUUAACAGGAGUGAUGUCAAGUUGCCAUUGUUUAGUUUUGCAAGCGUUUCUGCAGCAACUAAUAACUUUUCACCUGAAAAUAAGCUUGGUGAGGGCGGCUUUGGACCCGUUUACAAGGGUAAGCUGUUGAAUGGGGAUGAGGUUGCUGUCAAAAGGCUAUCUGCGAGAUCAGGUCAAGGAUGGGAGGAGUUGAAAAAUGAGGCAAUGCUCAUUGCAAAACUCCAACACAACAAUCUUGUCAGGCUUUUGGGUUGCUGCGUUGAACGUGAUGAAAAGAUGCUUAUUUAUGAAUUCAUGCCUAACAGAAGUUUGGAUUUUUUCCUAUUCGAUGCAACAAAACGCACAAUUUUAGCUUGGGAAACCCGAGUUCGGAUAAUCCAAGGGAUUGCCCAAGGUCUUCUUUAUCUUCAUCAAUAUUCUAGGUUCCGAAUCAUUCAUAGAGAUCUAAAAGUUAGCAAUAUUUUGCUGGACAUCGACAUGAAUCCCAAAAUAUCAGAUUUUGGUUUGGCAAGACUAUUUGGUGGAAAUGAAUUGCAAGCAAAUACAAACCGGAUUGUUGGCACUUAUGGAUAUAUGUCUCCUGAAUAUGCAUUAGAAGGCAUUUUCUCAAUCAAAUCAGAUGUAUUUAGCUUUGGAGUCCUUUUGUUGGAAAUAAUAAGCGGCAAAAAGAAUACUGGUUUAUAUAAUACAAACUCCCUCAAUCUUCUUGGAUAUGCAUGGGACCUAUGGACAAGUGGGAGAGGAACAGAGCUGAUGGAUUCAGCGUUAAAGGAUGAAUCGAUACAGAAAAUUGUGGUGCGAAGAUACGUGAACAUAGCACUGCUUUGUGUUCAAGAAAGUGCAGAAGACAGACCGACCAUGUCUGAUGUUGUUUCAAUGCUUGGGAAUGAGAAUAUAGUCCUACCUUUUCCUAAGCCCAUAGCUUUCCUAAAUGUAAGGGGUAUCAGGACUUCAAGAUCAGACGGAAGCUCGGCAGAAAAUGUUUCUACUAAUAACAUGACUGCUUCGGUUAUGGAAGCAAGAUGAGUUUGUAUUUCCCUAUAUGUAUAUUACUUCUUAGCAAACAUUGCAGGUUUGCAAUAUAGGAGGUUUCUACUUCAUUUUCUGUUAUAUCUCAAUAAACUUGUAUAAAAAAUCAGGAAUGAAGUAAAGGAUUAGUAAGGAAA